GCUGCCGUCUGCGUGGCGGAAGCAGACAGCGAGCCCCCAUGCGCAUGCGGAGAGCCCGGUCCUCUGGGACAGACGCUGACGCCUGUCGUUGGGGACGCCUUCCUCGGUGGGGGGUGGUUGUGAGCUUUGCAGGUUGCAAACUACGGCGCUUGGACGGGCGAGGAACCACUGUCCUCCUGUGCCACGCAAAGGGCUGAGGCCUGAGAACUUUGAGUGGGGCUUGGGGACAGGAAAGCGGAAGGGCCAGAGCCGGGUGACGUGGACGCUGGAGGCUAGGGUUGGAAACAGGCAGCUACAAUGAAGCUGAAUCAGAACACCAUGCUAGUGGGCAAGAAGGUGGUCCUGGUACCCUACACCUCCGAGCACGUGCCCAGGUACCACGAGUGGAUGAAGUCAGAGGAACUGCGGCAGCUGACAGCCUCAGAGCAGCUGACCCUGCAGCAGGAAUACGAGAUGCAGUGUAGCUGGUGUGAAGACGAAGACAAGUGCACCUUCAUUGUGCUGGACGCAGAGAAGUGGCAGGCCCAGCCUCGCCCCCCUGAAGAGAGCUGCAUGGUGGGAGAUGUGAACCUUUUCCUCACAGACCUAGAAGACCCCACCUUGGGGGAGAUCGAGGUCAUGAUUGCAGAGCCCAGCUACAGACGCCGGGGACUUGGCACUGAGGCUUCUCUCCUGAUCAUGUCCUACGGAGUUACGAAGCUAGGUCUGACCAAGUUUGAGGCCAAAAUCGGGCAAGAAAAUGAACCUAGCAUCCGGAUGUUCCAGAAACUUCACUUUCAGCAAGUGGCUGUGAGCAACAUCUUCCAGGAGGUGACACUCAGGCUGGCAGUGAGCGAGCCAGAGCGGAAGUGGAUUCUGGAGCAGACGAGCCACAUGGAAGAGAGACCCUACAGAGACCCUACAGGGCCAGGAAGGCCGAGCCCGUGACAGCCACCCUGAGCGAGCAGAGGAGUUGGAACUGCUCACUCCCAAGGCCAGACAGCUGCAUGGGAGACACAAGCGCAGUCUCCUCAGUCUGUGCCAGGCUCUCCUGAGCCUGCCACGGCCUUCCCUGGCUAGCAGUGGUGAAGAACACGCGCCAGCUCUGAACCACACACUGACCCUGACUGCACUGGAAGGGGUGGCUGGAGCUCAUCAAAGUCUGGGUGGAGGUGGGAACUGGAUGUGGAUGGAUGUGGAGAGCAAGCCUUUCCCUGGGGCCCUUGCUGAGUAAAGUGCUCGCUGGGCAGCUUCCCUUGUUUGUUCACCCACCCUCCCCUUGGGGAAGGGGAGGGCAGGGGCAGUCAGUUCUGCUGUCAGCAGACCAGACAGGUGAUGUGGUGAAGAAGUGGGUUGGUCCCUCUGCCCAGCAUCCUUGGGACCAGACAGGUCUGAGGGAAGAGUGACUUCUGAA